AUGACGCGAACUACGCAGCUGGAGGACUUCGUCGUCACUGAUCGAGGCGGUAUCGUCGAGAACCGACACGGUGUCCACGUCGCAGUGGUCGACGCCAAUGGCAAGCUUAUUUACGCUGUUGGCAACCCAUCUCGAUUGACUCUGGCUCGAUCCGCAGCAAAGCCAGCUCAAGCACUUGCCGUGCUGGAAACGCCCGACUUUUCAAAAUUCGGUUUCGACGAGGCCGAUAUUGCCUUAAUGUGCGCUUCUCAUAACAGUGAGAACAGGCACAUUGUCAGAGCCAGAUCUAUGCUGGAGAAAGUCGGGGCUUCCGAAUCCGACCUGCGUUGCAGUGGUCACCCUUCAAUCUGCCCAAACGUCAAUCGCAAUUGGAUCAGGGCCGACUUUGAGCCGACGGGGGUUUGCAACAACUGUUCUGGAAAGCAUGCUGCCAUGCUAGGCGGUGGUCUUGCUCUAGGUGCCGAGUUUGCCGAUUACCAUCUUCCCCAACACCCAAUUCAACUCAAGGUAAAGAAAGUCGUGGAGGAACUAAGUGGCCUUUCUGAACAAGACGUUAAAUGGGGCAUUGACGGCUGCAAUCUCCCUGCACCUGGAUUGCCGCUUACUUCCAUGGGCCGCAUGUAUGCGAGGUUCGCGGCGGCUGCUGACACAAUUGGCAACGACGGAUCAUCCCCUUCUCAGCGAACAAGGCAUAUGGCUCGCAUUUUCGACGCCAUGGCCAAUCAUCCCGAAAUGGUCGGUGGUGAAGGACGCUUCUGCACGCUGUUGAUGGAAUCCUUUGAGGGAGCCCUCAUUGGUAAGGUGGGUGCAGAUGGCUGUUAUGGUGUUGGAAUUCGGGAGUCGGAGUACACUAAGCAACUCGGAGCUAAGGGAGCUGUUGGCAUAGCGGUCAAGAUUGAGGACGGUAGCUUAGAGAUCCUUUACGCAGUGGUUACCGAGAUCCUUGAGCAGUUAGACAUUGGUACGGAGGAGAUGCGGCAGCAGCUGGCAGGUUUUCAUCAUCUUAAGAGACUCAACACUAUGGGGGUCGAGACAGGACGAGUUUCUCUGGCCUUCCAGGUCAGAAAGGCCUGA